AUGAUCGCCAUGCACUUGUGUCUGCAUCACACUAUGUACUAUAUUCCUGUAAGAGAUGAUGAAGUGGAUGGAGUGGAUUACAAGUUUCUAACUGUGGAUGAGUUUCUGGAACUGGAGAGAUCCGGAAAGCUUCUGGAGAGGGGAUUGUAUGAAGCAACAGUAGAAGGCAGGCUACUGACUCACUACUUGAACCAAUUCCUCCGUAUGAUAGCAAUGAAAAUGAUAAUCAUUGUUGACGGUGAUAUUGAGAAGAAGGAUGACAAUGACUAUGCUGGUGUUAUGACAAGUAGUAGCAGCACUCUCAUAUUAAUAUCAAGGUUGUGGCUGGAUGACAGUUUUCUUAAUAACAGAUCUGUGAGAGGGAAUGAAUGCCUGUCAUCAUUUAUUCCUGACGAUGAUGACGACGACGCCGAUGAUGAAGACGAUAUUAGAGAUGAGAAUGAGUAUGAUGUUUGGCAAGUGGUGGUAAUAAAAGUUAAUGUGGUUAAUUUGGUUAAGAUAAUCAAGGAUUUAAUAAUAUUGACUCACUACAUGCUCUGA